GAAAAUUUGCAGCUUCAGUGACAUUUGCGGCCGAAACUUUCCAAAAUGUUGGCUAACGUCAUGUACAUCCUGCCCAUGUUAUUGGGCAGGACAUUCGACGCCCGGCACGACCGAGUCGGAAUCGAUAUAUUUCCACAAUCUGAACUCGACAAAGCGAGGGUGCUGCACGAACCCGAGAGUAUUUCGAGGUAUGAAACCAGUGAUUCGGCCGAAGAGGUGCGAAACCUGCUGGAAGUAUCUGCCGAUUUGGCCCUCAAGGUCAAGGCUGGGAAAGUGGAUUUUAAAGGGACCGGCUCCUACCUCAAGGAUACCUCGAAACUAGGGAGGAUCAUAGAAAUCUUGACCAGACUCAAGUUUAAAACGGUUACUGUGGCUCUCCCCCCAGAGGUGCAGCCUUUCCCUUCAUGGGCUACGAAGAACAAAAACGACCUGGGUACUCAUUUCGUGCGAAGCGUCACCUAUGGUGGAGAGUUGCUAGCCUCAAUCCGAUUCCGAGCCAACCGUGAUGAGGACUUCAGUGCCAUCACGGCUGAAAUCCAGUCAAAUUUCAACAGAGGAGACGCACAGAGUCUGGUGGCAGAAGGAAAACUGGAGAAGGUUCAAAGCAAACUGAAGGACAAGGCUACUAUGGAAAUCUCGUACUACGCCACUGUUCCACUGAAGGGGGUGCCCAACACUAUCGAAGGUCUUAGGAGUCUGGUGAAUGGCUUCGAUGAGCAUGUCAAAGAAGUACAUGAGAACGGUUGGGGAGUGCCUAUUAGAGUGGAACUCAUGGAACUCGCCAACCUGGGUGGAGAAAAUAGUUCCGAAUUCCGUUUCGUCAAAGACAGAGCUCUGGAGGCGGAAUUGGCAGAUGUGGAACAUGAAUUUGAUGAUCUCCGGAAGGCUCACACGAUGCUGACAGAAUGGUAUAGAACACUGCCAACUUCUCUAACUUCAGAGGAAGAACAACAGAUAAAUAAACUUUACACGAGAAUUCAGAAAAUUUUACGCCCUUAUUACGAUAGCAUUGGCAAAUUAAACAUCGAGGAAGGUCCGGACGCACAAGUGAAGACGGCUCGGGACGCCUACAAGGAGGGCAGAAUGAGCGUCCUGCCAGGGAAGUUCAUCAAAGAAGUCAUGAAACUCAAAAAGAAAAUUACUGUUUCAGGUAUGAUGAAAUUCUUUUAGUUUGAUCUUUGGACAAUGAAGAUUUGAUUCAUCUUAUAAUUAAUACAUUUGUGAUUAAUAAAGUAUGUUUAAUGCUAAUAUAGUUAAGUGGAGUGGACAACCUCUGGCCUGAGAAGUAGGUUCUUAUAAUAAGCUGUUCAAUCAACGCGAUUUCAUUCACUGAUCUGGAAUCUAUGCCUGAAUGGAUCAAUCGACUGAACUCUGUUGCAUGAACAGUUAAGCGAACUAGAACCGUUUUUGGAAUAUGCACAUACCAUUCGUGCAUGUUAUGUCAAAAACAAAUGGCAUUUUAAUUUAACAGUUGGAACUACAAACGACAUAACGGCAUUUUGUGACAAUAUGCAAUAAUAGCAUAUCACAUACAACUAUGUGAAAGCAAAUGCCGCUAGCUUAUAUGAGUGUCUUGCAUCAAUAAAAUGUUUUGAUGAAUUUGUUAUAUGCCAUUUUUACAAAACAAGGAGACAGAAUGAUAUUUUGUAGCUAGAUGUUAUUUUCAAUAUAUAUCUUUAUCAACCUAGUAGUAAAAAAAAAAAAAAAAAAAAAAACUGAAUAAAAAUUUGACAUUUUAAACCCAUUUUUAAUAUCUAUAAUUGAAUAUAUUCGACAACUUUAUGUAUUAAUCAAACUUUGAUGGUAAUGUACACUAUUUAACAUUUUCGAAGUUCAUUCUGACCAUUAAAAAUAAAUCUGAAGCAAAGAUUCUGAUUUAAGGUACUUGGAAAUCAGUUUUGGUUUGUUUGAUAUUUUCAUUAAAUAUAAAACCUGCAUGUUAUUCUAUACAAAUUUAGAUAAUGAGAUUUCAGUGCUAUUUAUUGUGAAAGCAAAAAUCAUUUACAUAUGAUAAAACCAUUUUUUACAGCGAGUAUUUCGAAACUCAUUCGCUUUUGAAAAAUCCUAUCUAUAUUUGUGAUCAUUUUCCGGUGCAAACAAUUGGUAUAGUUUCAUUUGCCGUCAAUGAUCAAAGAUAUAACGUUGAUUUUGGCCUAAUCCCCCAAAGUGGAAAGGGAAAAUGAAGAACCUAUGUGGAUCAUAAAAUACCAUCUAAUCGAUGGGAAAUUUGUCAGAGCCGGCAUCCUGGCAUAGGGGUAGCACGUCUCUUCCGUGAUCUGGGCGUCCUGGUUCAAGCAAGCAUGUUUCUUUGUAUUCUAUCUGUGAGGUAUGUGAAUGUGCCCCCCCCCUGUAAAAAGAGGUCGUGCAAGCGAGUGUGACGCAUGAAGUAGCUAAAUCGUACUCUUGACCCUACUUGGCACUACUGAAAAAACAAGAGACGCUCACUCGAAUUAAAUCGCUGACAGCUGGCUUUUAAAGUGCCAUAAGUCACAACACAAACAACAAAGUUGUCAAAGAGUAUGCUAAGUUUGGAAAAAAAAUAUUAAAUUUGGGGAUUUCUGAAAUUUUUGCCUGAAUAUUUUGAAAGAACAGAAAAUAUCGCAUAAGGUGCUUUAAUUUUCGUUUGGAUUUGACGUGAAGAAAUCCAAAAGCGUAUUCUGCAAAUUCAAAUGAAAUUCAAAAUUGAUUUGCGUCUCUGAAAUGCAAAAUGUAAACUCUCUUCUAGUUAUAAUUUGUUAAAAACAUAUUCAUUCCUCAAUUACUGGACGCCUUCAAUGAACUGUAUCGGUAUUUCAAACAGGAAGUUGACCGUUGGUUUUGACGGCGUUCUUCAAAAAAAGGAAACUUAUUAUUGUAACUCAAAUUUCAAUUUCCUUCAGCCUCUCAUUUUUAUAGGAAUAAGAACAAAACUACCGAACAUAUAUUAAAAGAAUUAUAAUGAUUGCAGAUAGGAAUGAUUAAGAUUAAUAACAUUUAAAAAAGCUGGUGGCAUAACUCUUGUCUAUGAUUAAAACUCGAAUGAUUAUUUUAUAGCAUUGUUCUACUCUUUAAAAUUAUGUGAUUACUUUCGUGUACUUAUUUCAAAAAUCAUAUUUUCAAUCACAACCUUUAUUAAUCAAAUUUUUCAUACUUUGCAAGCAGUGAGAAAUAAGAUAGAGUUGCUUUUUUUUUAAUGCUUCUAUUAAUUUUGAAAGCUGUCGGAGGACAUUCCUUCUGGGAGAAUUUUUAGCACAAUUAGUACGACCUGCACAAUAAGAGAGGGAAAGAAACUGCGAAAAAAAUAUUAUAAACGUAUUCUCAAUUUUGAAAUUAUAUUAGUUUUCUUUCAGAAGCAAUUUAUCUAAAAAUCUUUAAGUUCUAAUUAUUAAAAUUUCCAUUUAAAAUCAGAAAAUGCAUUUAUCAUUUUUUUUUUUUGUUAUUUCAUUUGACAGCAGAUUUUUGAUUUUUUUCAAGUAUCCAAUUACAAGAUUAGUUUUUGCUAUCGGGAUUUUUUUAAAAUUUCGAAAUAUGUUUUUUAUUUGUAUCAUUUGUUUUCUUUUGUACGUGUGUUUGUAGAGAAGAAAAUGUACGGUACUGGGACUGGCACGUACAUGCGCUGGGGAUCUAAGGAAUGUCCUAGUUCUCCCAUGCUGUUCAAGCUGCACACGGGUUUCAUGGCCGCCACCACCAACAAGGGCACUGGAGGUGGAUCGGACUACCUCUGCCUACCGGAGAGUCCAGAAUACCCAGAACGAAUGCCCGAUUUCGGAAGCGACGCUUCCACGGUCGUGUCGGGCGUCAAGUACGGACUGAUGGACGACCACCCAUUCACUGUGCACGAGGCUCGAUACUUUUUCGGUAAAGGAGUACCGUGCGCAAUGUGCCAUAUGACCAACAGGACUCUGGUCCAUGUUUUCCCUGUGGAAGACGAGUGCCCCGAAGACUGGAUUUACGAGUAUUCGGGCUACAUGAUGGCAGGCUCCAAUCUGCCGGGAAACCACGUCUGCUUCAGCGAUCCGCCGCAGUCCUACGAGGACAAUGUCGAAGAGCAGCAGGCCCACACCUUGUCCAUCCUCCACAUUUCAGACAAAGAUGGAGGGUUGCCAAAGCCACCUUAUGUCAAGAAUGCAGCUAUCAAAUGCAUCGUCUGCUCAAAAUAGUAUUUUUGUUUGUGAUGAGUUCUGUAUUGAGAACAAUGCUGAAUCAAUAAACAUAAUUUAAAACCCGU